AUGAACAUAGCCGAUCUUAUUCCAAUCGACCUUACCAAUGAUCGCGAUUAUCCGGAAACGUCCAACAGUGCGCCGUUGGUCGUCGAAACGUUCGCAACGACCAAUCGUGAUCAGUCCUACGAGACACUGCACACCCCCGUCCUUACUGUCGCCUCCUAUCCAACGGUGUCCGGUAGCUACCCGGAGUGUCCACCGUUUGAGCGCCGUUAUCCGACGAGGCGCAACCGAACCCUAACCUCCACCGGGUACAACUCGGCGGUGCCGGUUGCUCUCGGCAAUACGUGUAGCAAUGUUACUACCGAGCACGCUACAAUUCCGGCCAGUGUGCUAAAACUAACGCCGCCACGAUCUACACCGCCUGCCACGUUGCUUCAGGUGAACGAUGAGCGACGAUCGCCGACGCCGGUGUUUGCCAUGGACUUUACGCGCAUCAACAGUGCCGAAACGAGCGAGGAAAGUGAGCGGCUGGUGAAGAACGUGGUGAUUUCGUUCACAAACUCUCUGACGGGGAAAAACGAAUCGUCCUCCACGGCGGCCACCACCGGCAUGGCAUCGACCGUCAGCCAGUGCUCGACGACCGUCUCUUCCAGUUCCAGCAACUCUUCGACGACCGAUCUCUUGUCCCACUGUGACGUGAAUCUGUGGCGCAAACGAGCCCAGGAAAUAGAAAACGAUUACAAGAGAUCGGCGUGUGAUCGGGAACGGACCAGAAUGCGUGAUAUGAACCGGGCGUUCGAUUUACUUCGCUCGAGGCUCCCCCAUAAGAAAGCUUCCGGUAAAAAGUAUUCCAAGAUUGAGUGCCUACGGGUGGCGAUCCAGUACAUACGGCACUUGCAACGAGAGUUGGAGAUACCAACGACACCUUCGCCACCUCCAGAAGAAGAAUGCAUGUACGAUGCGCCGAUGCCGUCCUUUAAUCAUAUAGCAGCUCCAUCGGGAGCCUAUCUUGGCUUGGAUGCGAAUAAUAAUUUGCCCCACGUUCCAAAUCAAGCAUUGUCGACACCAAUGGCUUUAUCGUUGGCUCCACCGCAGCAACAACCCCAACCAGUUGCUCAGACAACGGUUUCCCACAAUCCUCAGUGGUAUAUUGCAAAUAGCCCGGACGGUUACAGCUACUACUACCUUCCGUAA